AUGGUUUACAAAUACGUGAGGAAAACCCAGCAGCAAUCAUGGGAUGCAGCUGCGAUGCAGAGAGCUAUUGAAGCUGUUAAAAAUGAUGGAAUGGCGUAUUCAACUGCUGCAAAAAUUUUCUCUGUUCCUAGAAACACUCUAAAGAGGAGGGUCCUUGAUAAGAAUGUCGAUGCAAAAAGCAACAAAAAGGUACUAGGAAAAUACCGACCUGUGUUCACAGAAGAACAAGAAGCAGAAUUGGUGCGACACGUAUUAGAUCUAGAGGUCCGAUUCUUUAGAGUCACCAUUUUAGAUUUGCGGUCAUUAGCGUACAACCUAGCUGUACAAAAUGGCAUUCCAAACAAUUUUAACCGUGAAAAAAAAUUGGCUGGCUUAGACUGGGUUGCUGGAUUCAGAGAUCGGCACCCCGAAAUUAGUUUAAGGAAACCAGAGCAGACUUCUGCAGCAAGGGCUCAGGCAUUUAAUAAACAUAAUGUGACAAGGUUUUUUAAUAUCCUUAAGGAUGUUCAAGAGAAGCAAUUCCACCCUGCGCACAGGGUUUUCAAUGUUGACGAAACAGGUCUCAUGACUGUUCAGUCUAAGAGCUCCAAGAUUCUUGCUCUUAAGGGUAGGCGUCAAGUUGGUACAUUGACAUCGGCUGAAAGAGGUCAGCUAUCAACCUUUGUUGUGUGUAUGUCAGCUGGAGGGUACUUUAUUCCGCCAUUCGUGAUUUUUCCAAGACUUAGGAUGAAAGCAGAACUUCAAGAUGGUGCUCCACCAGGAACUAUGGUUGUCUGUCACCCAUCUGGAUGGAUGCAAAGCGAGAUUUUUCUUCAGUGGUUUGAGCAUUUUCUGACUCAUGCCAAACCGUCAGCUUCCGACCCAGUCUUGUUAAUCUUAGACGGUCAUUCAACCCAUGCAAAGAACCUGGCAUUUAUUGAAAAGGCAAGGGAGAGCCAUACAACCGUUGUUUGUUUACCGCCACAUUGUACGCACAAAAUGCAGCCUUUAGAUGUCUCGUUUAUGGGUCCGUUCAAUACAUUCUAUGUUCAAGCUAUUGAAAAAUUUCUAAAAAACAAUCCUGGAAGGGUUGUGACCCAGUUUCAAGUGGGCCGACUUCUUGGAGAAGCUUUUUUAAAGGCAGCAACUCCAGCCACAGCUAUAAACGGAUUUCGCUCUUUAUCACAACAACGGGCAAAGUUGCCACAUAUGGCCACUUUGCCCUACCCCUGUGGGUAA